AUGAGAAAUUCCACAGCAGUGUCACAUUUUAUUCUUCUUGGACUGACAGAUGACCCACAGUGGCAGGUUGUCCUUUUCAUAUUUCUUCUUGUCACCUACAUGCUAAGCAUGACUGCGAACAUGAUCAUUAUCAUCCUCACCCUUUUGGAUGCCCAUCUGCAGACACCCAUGUAUUUCUUCCUUCGGAACUCCUCACUCCUAGAAAUAUCAUUCACAUCUGUCUGUAUCCCCAGGUUCCUUGUCACCAUUGUGACAGGAGACAGAACUAUUUCCUAUAAUGGUUGUGUGGCUCAGCUAUUCUUUUUCAUGUUCCUGGGCGUGACAGAAUUUUACCUUUUGGCUUCCAUGUCCUAUGAUCGCUAUGUGGCCAUCUGCAAACCUCUGCAUUACACAGUCAUUAUGAGCAGCUGGGUCUGCUUUCUCCUAGUCUUUAGCGCAUGGCUUGCGGGAUUCUUGAUCAUCUUCCCACCAAUUCUUCUUCUGCUACAGCUAGACUUCUGUGCCUCCAAUAUAAUUGAUCAUUUUAUCUGCGACUCUUCUCCAGUUUUGAAGCUUUCUUGCUCAAAGACUCACUUCCUAGAACUCAUGGCAUUUGUAGCUAUGGUGACACUCAUGGUCACCUUGACGUUAGUUAUUCUCUCCUACACGAAUAUCAUUGGGGCUAUUUUGAGAAUUCCUUCCACAAAUCAAAGGAAAAAAGCAUUUGCCACUUGUUCCUCUCAUAUGAUAGUGGUCUCCCUCUCUUAUGGUAGCUGCAUCUUCAUGUACAUCAAGCCUUCUGCCAGGGAGAGGAUGACUUUAAGCAAAGGAGUAACUGUGCUCAACACUUCCGUGGCUCCUCUCCUGAACCCCUUCAUAUAUCCCCUGAGGAAUCAGCAAGUAAAGCAAGCUUUCCAAACUAUGGUCCAAGGGUUCUCUUUUCCUCGAAGACAUGAAUGUGAUGAUGUGGAAAACAGAUCUCUGAAGACAAAACAAAUGAAAACCCUCUUCUUUCUUUGCAGAAAUUCAUUCCAAAUGCCUCAUUCCACACCUGCAACUAGACAGAUUUGUAUGUAA